AUGCUUAUGAACGGUACAGUUAAUUUUCUGAUACAGUGGAAGGAACAUCUUGAAACUAAAACUGGUAUUGCAUUGUUGUAUGAUGAAGUAUCUGAAAAUGCUUAUGACAUCCGACUGAAGCUUACAAAAGAGGUAUUAACAAUUCAAAAACAAGAUGUCGUCUGUGUUAGUGGAAGUGAUCACAGUGCAAAUCACAGAACUGUUACACUUCGUAGACAACCAGUUGGUGGCUUGGGCUUAAGCAUAAAGGGUGGUGCUGAGCACAAAGUGCCUGUCGUCAUAUCAAAAAUAUUUAAAGACCAAGCAGCUGAACAAACAGGAAUGUUAUUUAUAGGAGAUGCAAUAAUACAGGUUAAUGGUAUAAAUGUAGAAAGUGCUACCCAUGAAGAAGUGGUACACCUACUGCGAAAUGCUGGCGAUGAAGUUACCAUCACCGUUCAGUACCUCAGGGAAGCUCCAUCAUUUUUAAAGCUCCCAUUAGGUUCCCCUGGACCAUCCAGUGAUCAUAGCAGUGGAGCUUCAUCACCUCUCUUUGACAGUGGCUUACAUUUAAAUGGAAACUCAACUAACACGGCCCCAUCAUCACCUUCUUCACCCAUAGCUAAUGAACCAAAAUAUGAGAAGCGCUGGCUAGACACCUUAUCAGUUCCUUUGUCGAUGGCUCGAAUCUCGAGAUACAAAACUGGAACAGAUAAAUUAAGAUCUAAUGCAUUUGAAGUGCUGGCACUCGAUGGAGUUGGUACUGGGAUACUUCAGUUUUAUACAGCCCAGGAGAGUGCUGACUGGCUGAGAGCAAUGUCAACUAACAUCAGUGAUUUGACACUUCAAAAUAUGAAAAUGGCAAAUAAAUGCUGUUCUCCCUCAGACCAGGUCAUACAUAUGGGAUGGGUAAAUGAGAGACUUGAAGGAACUGAUUCAUCUCAGCUCUACAAAUUCAAGUUUCUGGCACUGAAGGGUUCAUCCUUCUAUAUUUUCAGCACUCCACCGGUAAGCACACUAGACUGGGUACGAGCUGAAAAAAUCUAUAACCUCUGUGAGGUUCUAUUUAAAAUUCACAAGCUCUGGCUUGCUGAUGAUUGCUGGCUACAAGCAAACAUGUAUUUAGGUAUUCAUCAGGACUUUGAUCUUGAAGACCAGAGGCUGUAUUGUUUCAGUGUUAUGGCUGGACAUGGCAAGAGUCAUUAUUUCAAUGUAGAACUGGGCAGUGAAUUGGCAGUGUGGGAGAAAUCAUUUCAAAGAGCAAUUUUCUUGGAAGUUCAGAGAACCGGGUCUAAAACAUAUAUGUGUAGUUGGCAAGGGGAUACUCUGUGUUUCACAGUCGACUUUGCUCUAGGAUUUACCUGUUUUGACAGUAAAACAAAGAAUGUGCUGUGGAGGUUUAAAUUCUCUCAACUCAAAGGCUCUUCAGAUGAUGGAAAAACAAAAGUAAAGCUGCUUUUUCAGAAUCUAGACACCAAACAAAUUGAGACAAAGAUGAAAGUUUUCAUUAUUUUGGGUCUUUCAGCAGCUACAGCCUUCACAGCUGUUUUCUUUUCUUUCCUUCAGAUAGGCAAAGAUACCAUCUUUGAAAUUGAAGAUAACUGCAUUACUAAGGCUAUCCAGAAGGGUUCUAGUCUGGUGGAUUAUUCUGCACGUUAUGAAAUGAACAGAAUAAUCCAAGGAAGUGGAAUAGCAACCCCUACCUUGCUUCUGGCUUUCUCAAAAUUUCCUGAGCAAGAGAGUCAAGAUAUUUCCCAAGCAGCUGAACAAAUGGAAAUGUCGAUUCAGGUGCUGAAACAAAAAGUUUGCCAGAAGCACAAACGUUCAUUGCAUCAAACUGAUCUUUUAUCAGCUGAUCUGCUCACUAGGAUUGCUAAUAUUUCUGGAUGUCUGCCUUAUAUGUUGCCACCAAAAUGUCCAAACAAUUGCUUAGCUAAUAAAUAUCGACUCAUCACUGGUGCGUGCAAUAACAGGGAACAUCCUAGAUGGGGAGCAUCCAACACAGCUUUGGCUAGGUGGCUUCCACCUGCCUAUGAAGAUGGGCUCAACCAACCUCGAGGAUGGGAUCCCAGCAUCCAGUACAAUGGAUUCCAGCUACCCUUGGUUCGUGAAGUGACAAGAAAGAUUAUUCACGCAUCUAAUGAGGCUGUUACUGAAGACAACCUGUAUUCUGAUAUUACUAUGGUAUGGGGACAGUACAUAGACCACGACAUUGCAUUCACACCCCAGAGCACAAGUAGAACCGCUUUCCUAAAUGGGAUGGAGUGCCAGAUGACAUGUGAAAAACAAAAUCCAUGUUUUCCAAUAAAGGUCACCACCAAUGAUACAUUAUCCACAGGGAUGGAUUGCCUGCCCUUCUACCGCUCAUCUCCUGCGUGCGGCACUGGUGAUAAUGAUAUUCUUUUUGGAAAUAUAUCAGUGCUAAAUCCAAGACAACAGAUCAAUGGCUUAACUUCUUUCCUUGAUGCUUCUACAGUCUAUGGCAGUACCCCUGCUGUUGAAAACAAACUGAGGAAUUUAACAAGCGAAGAAGGCCUUCUUAGAGUAAACCUUAUAUAUUAUGAUAACCAUCGGGAAUACCUGCCUUUUACAGACCAGAUCCCAUCACCUUGUGCACAGGACUCAAAUGCAAGUGAAGGGGAGAGGAUUGAAUGCUUUUUGGCAGGAGACAGUCGAUCCAGUGAGGUCACGUCUCUGGCCGCUAUGCACACACUGUGGCUGAGGGAACAUAACCGCCUGGCCCGAACCCUCAAACGUAUCAACAGCCACUGGAGCGCAGAGGCAGUCUACCAAGAAGCACGAAAAAUUGUUGGUGCUCUGCAUCAGAUUAUUACUUUAAGAGAUUACAUUCCCAAAAUCAUUGGUCCAGAUGCUUUUAAUAUGUAUAUCGGCCUUUAUACAGGUUAUGAUCCCACAGUGAAUCCUACGGUUUCUAACGUAUUUUCAACAGCUGCUUUUCGUUUUGGUCAUGCAACAAUCCAACCAAUAGUAAGGCGAUUGAAUGCACAGUAUUUAGAUGAUCCCGAACUCCCAAAUCUUCAUUUGCAUGAAGUUUUCUUUAGUCCUUGGAGGCUCAUUAAAGAAGGAGGUUUGGAUCCUUUACUAAGAGGUCUUCUAGCACAUUCAGCAAAACUGCAAGUGCAAGAUCAACUGCUGAAUGAGGAGUUAACAGAAAAACUCUUUGUAUUGUCCAAUAAUGGUUCGCUUGAUUUAGCAUCAUUAAAUUUACAGCGUGGUCGUGAUCAUGGACUCCCAGGUUAUAAUGAAUGGCGAGAAUUCUGUGGUUUACCAAAACUGGAAACUCACACUGAGCUGAAUACAGUAAUAAUGAAUCACAAUGUCACUGAAAAAAUCAUGGAAUUGUACCAUAAUCCUAGCAAUAUUGAUGUUUGGCUUGGCGGUCUGGUAGAAGACUUUAUUCCAGGUGCUAGAACCGGUCCUCUGUUUGCAUGUAUAAUUGGAAAGCAGAUGAAAGCUCUAAGGGAUGGUGACCGAUUUUGGUGGGAAAAUGAUAAUGUUUUCACAGAAGCUCAAAAGCAUGAACUCAAAAAACACUCAUUGUCCCGCGUGAUUUGUGACAACACAGGAAUUACUGAAGUGCCAGCAGAUGCCUUUCAACUUGGAAAGUUUCCACAGGAUUUUAAGCAUUGUAACAAUAUACCUGGAAUGAAUUUAGAAGCUUGGCAAGAAUUUUAUCGGGAAGAGGAACUAUGUGGAACACCAAAGAGUGUGGAAAAUGGUGAUUUUGUAUACUGUUCAGAAUUUGGAAAAACUACAGUGACUUAUACGUGUCACUAUGGAUUUCAAUUACAAGGAGAAGAGCAAUUAACCUGCACAAGUAAAGGAUGGAACUUUGAGGCUCCCAUUUGUAUAGACAUCAAUGAAUGUGAAAAUAAAAUUAAUCCACCAUGUCCUCCUUCUUCUACAUGCAUUAACACUGAAGGCAGCUACAAAUGUCUCCAUACUGAUCCUUACAAGCGGGCAGAAGAUGGAAGAACAUGCAUUGGUAAUGCUUGUGAACAUACUGUCCAUUAG